CCUCAUCCAUGCGUAUCCGUCUUACUCUCUAUCCAAACAAGCAAGAAUUUUGAGCUCUGCUUCUGAAAGUUCAGGCCUUUUUUCCUGCUGGGGUUCUAAAGAAUUCAAGAAAGUAAACUUCUUUGUUGGUUUUGGUGGAAUUUGGGUCUGAAAUAUUUGUGGGUUUUUGAGCUGAAAGGUUGGAAUAAUGGAGAGGGAUUUUCUGGGUCUGAGCUCAAACAGUGGUGGUGCGACUCUGAAGGAAGAACCCAAUAAAGAAACCAAGAAUUCAGAGUGUGCUCCGCAAAUGUUCCAAAAGGAGGAUUAUAAAAUAUUGCAGGAGUUUGCUAGAUCUUUGAGGUCUUUUGUAGGAGCUUGCUAAUUCUUUAUGGUCAUUGGUCGUUUUCUGCAUCCUCAUGUAUUUAGAAAAUAACCGGAGCCAAGAAGUUCAGGGAUGCUGUGGUCGUUUUCAAACAAGGUUUCUGCACCUCCGCAAUUCCUGUCUUUCAAGGCUCCUCAGGAAGAUGGGCCAAGAAAAACUGCUCAUGAUAAUUCAUCUGUAUUUAUGACUAUAUCAACUGCUGAUGCUUUUCACUCCAGCCAGAAGUCGUUCUCUGGUGGGAUUCAGAAAAAUUUCGUUUUUGAUAAGCAAGCUGGAAACCACUGUGCAACGACAGUAUAUCCUAUGCCUCAAUUUGAUGCACGUUCAGUUCAUCAAUCACAAGAUGUAAAGAUAUACCCAGUAGUUAGCCAACACAACCAAAGGAUUCCGAUUACUUUGAGUUCUCCAGUUCUCCAGUCCCAAGCUCCUGUUGGGCAUACCGGUUCUACCAUAAAACUGCAACCACUUGGAGGAGUUCCGGUUCUGGCCCCUGUAUCUGCUCUUCCUUCUACAACCUCCGUAGUUGGUACCACUGAUCUCAGGAAUGCAUCCAAUUCUUCUGGGGCACCUGCUCAGUUAACCAUCUUUUAUGCUGGUUCUGUGAACGUUUAUAAUGAUAUAUCUUCAGAGAAGGCCCAGGCUAUUAUGUUGCUGGCUGGAAAUGGAUCAUCUCCAACUCAUUGUAAGGCAACAUCCGUAACUCAAGUGCAUGCACCAAUACCUAGGCCUUCACUAGGAGGCGACUGUUUUUUCAGGAACCAGUCCCAUAUUACAUCUUCAGUCUCUGCACUUCCAAGUCCUCUUUCUGAAACUUCAUACGCGAGUUCUAACUCUGGAGGAGCAUUUAAUAGCACCAAUGAAAUAGCUAUAGUGAAACCAGUAGGAACUUCAGCAUCUCCUGUUGACCGCUCAGAGCCUUCUACAGUAGUCAGUUCAGUGGGAUCGCCUGUGACGAAUCUGAUUCCUGCAGUACCUGUGCCUCAAUCACGUAAAGCAUCCUUGGCCCGGUUUUUUGAGAAGCGCAAGGAGAGGAUGAUGAGCACGGUGCCAUACAGUGUCAGUAAAAAAUCUCCAGACUGCAGCACUCCCGGAUCGGAAGGUGUGAGUUUCUCGCUCAACUCUUCGAGUUCUUGUCCUCCCCAGUCUAUAAAUUAGCGCUUACGGCGGUGGGGUGCAGUCGAAAUGGGAAGAAACAACAAAAGCUUCCUACUGCUUCGGAGAUGUUGGCAUAGAUCAUUGUUUUAACAGUUGCUUGUGUGCUGGUAGUUGUAAGAUCAAUUUUUUGACCUAAAGGAUUAGAUAAUAUAGAUGUAUGGUUAAAGUUUUAUGUUUUUUACUUUUCACUAUGCUGUAAAAAUGUAUUGUUUUACCUUCCUGCAUCGUAAGGGCAAAUUCUAGAGGCCAUGUUUUUGUAUUGAUAUGUUUAUGUUGUACAAUUUGACAUGAAUGGAAUGAAAGCAAAUAGAUUUUGCCUUCUGAGAA